UCAUGCAACAACAACGCCACCAUUCGUCCAGCAGAGUUGAACAUAGGACUAGUGGAAAUUUGCGCUGAGACUUGAAGCUUGAAGACUGCGUAAUUGCAAGAUAUAAUUACAAGAUAAUAGCAGUAUAAGUUGUUGUCAACAUUUAUAGCCACAUAUUCUCCUGCCUGGCAGCCAAUGCAAUGGUCAAAAUCCAUAUUAUUAUGCUUGUCCUGUUGUCCAACAUACAUCAGACUCUUGGACAGAUCACUGAGGGCCUACCUGUAAUUGACUGUCUCAGAAGCGGAGGCAACUGAGACUUGUCCUCCGCCACCCGGAUUGAGGUGAGUAACCGCACCACCACGAGGACCUACUAAGUAGUGGGAAUUGGGCAUUCCAAAUUGGGAGAAAAGGGGAUAAAAAUAAAAAAAUUAAUAAUAAUAAAUAAAUACUGUACCUCUAGAAGCAUUUAAACCAUUAAAUAAUUACAUGUCACUGAUUGCCUUUUCAAACGUGACUGUUAUUUGUUCAGCUUUUUUUGUGCAGAGACCAAAAGCUUGGCAUUAGUUGAAACAGGUUUGUCCUACAUUUCCAUUGAAGCUGAUGCAUUUGUAACUCUGUUUACUUUUCAUGUUCACUAUAACAUUCUUCUCAGUUUAUUUUCUCCUGAAAAAAGAUGUUGCUUUAUUUUAAAGGAACUCUGUUGAAAACUGUCAUGGAUAGAGACUGAAAUGUUUCCCGAAGAGCUUUAAAGAGCUUUAUGUAUGUGAAACCGGAAAAGUGUGUGUGAGAGGAAAGAAUGAUGAUGGUGUUUGUGCUGCAUGGAAACAAAAACAGGGGUGGUUGGGGAUCCUUUUCUCUACCACUGAGACCACAGGAUAUUGAUGAUGAAGCAAGUUUGCUGCUGUGAUAUGCUUGCCAAUGUUUUGAAUCAGAAUUAUUUGGAACUCUAAAGGCUUAAAGACACUUUUUGAGGUUUUUGGAAAUGAAGGCCAGGGCUAAACAAUAAGGAUGGCCCACAAUGUUAAAAUUAAAAAGAUACUCAAGGCAUCAUUUGGCAGAACCCUUUGGAGAUCCUCCAGAUACCCUUUAAAGGAGCCUCAAAUAUCCUAUUUACGUACAUAAGGACAAAAUAUAUUUAGUGCUUAAACCCCGAAGCGUUAACAGCGUCAGGAGUUCUUAAAAGUUCUUGUAGGCACUAAGAGUAAGUUUCUCAGAAAACUGAUACCCCAAAUGGUGCCUUGAGUAUCUUUUCAUUUUUACAGUUAUACUGGCCCAGUAAUGGAUCAAAAAUUACAAACAAGUUAGUAAUGUAAUGUUUUGCAUUUGGCAUAUGCCAUUGUUGUCCAGCAAAAAAGGAGUUCAUUAAUAUUUCUGUCAUAGAUUUACAUUAUAGCUGUAUAAUUUGCAAAUUAAAAACAUUGCAACUUUUUUUUAUUGAGGAAAUUAAACAUUUAAUUACUCUUUGUGGUGGGGCCAGUAAAAUGUUGACUGGGCAAGUAAAAAUCUGAACUACUGGCCUGACCGGUUCUGCCAAAUCAAUCCUUAAUCUUGCACCUUUUAUGUUUGCUCUCAGGCUCUGAAUCGACUUACCAUGGCAAUACUGAUGUUGUGGAUGAGGAAGAGGAAGAGGCUUACUACACCCCUCAGUUGGACUACAAACGCAAGUAGUGAUAAUGGCUCACAAAUUACAACUAAUAGUGAAAUGGAUCAGUUAUUUUCAAACCAUUUUCCCAUCAGAUCCACAGUGGUGCCACACAUUUAAGCUUCCCAAUGGGGGGGUAGAUUGUUCUUCCCCACAAGGCAGGAACCACCAUAGCACACUUGGAACCCGCUGUUUGCUCUCCUGCGAUCGAGGACAUAAACUGAUUGGGCAGUCAUCAGUGCAAUGCAUGCCCAUCCGCCGUUGGUCUGGAACUGCUCUUUGUCGAAAGGUGCGUUGCCACGUUCUGCCACUGAUUGAUCACGGCACAUACAGUUGUACCCGUGGCUUUGUGGCAGACUCCAGGUGUGACUACACCUGCUAUGAAGGAUACCAGAUCGAGGGAGUUCGCUUUCGUACGUGCCAAGAAGAUGGAAAAUGGAGUGGCACAGAUCCCAUCUGUGCAGAUCAUGACCCCCCCAAACUGAAAUGUCCUCUGUCCAGAGUGAUAGUAGCAGAACCAGAAAAACUAACGGCCAGGGUGUCGUGGGACCGCCCUGUUGCAAAGGAUACAGCUGACAGAGCACUGCAGGUCUUGCGAAAUGGACUGGAGUCUGGAUCAGACUUUCCUGAAGGAAUUAAUGUAAUUCGAUAUAAAGUCUACGACCAGGCUCGCAACUCAGCAACUUGCAAGUUUACUGUGCAUAUUGAAGUGAGACGGUGUCCAAAGCUGAAGCCUCCUAUGCAUGGAUAUCUGGCCUGUUCAUCUGAUGGCAAUAAUUAUGGGGCUAUAUGUGAAUACCAUUGUGAGCCUGGCUAUGAGAGGACAGGAUUUGCCACACGUGUUUGUCAACUGAACCGUAGCUGGUCCGAUGAAGCAGCUGAGUGUGUAUUAAUGGACAUACAAACAGACGUCAGGUCUGCUGGUGCUCUACUUGACCAGUUUUAUGAAAAGAGAAGGCUUCUUGUUGUGUCUACACCAGAUAAUGCUAACCAGUACUACAAGCUUCAGAACAUUAUGCUGCAGGAGGCUGGGUGUGGUCUGGAUCUGCGGCAUGUGACAGUGAUCGAGCUAAUAGGAACGUCACCUCGUGCAGUUGGGCGCAUCAAAGAACAACGUCUAGAGCCCGAGGUCAUAGAGGGUCUUAGACAGGCAAUUCAUAUCUCUACAGCAUAUUUCACCAUGGUGCUGCUAGAUGAAUAUGGUGUGGAUCGGGAGCGUUUUGUAAACCCCACCACCUCUGAUGAGCUCUACACAUACAUUGAGGAGUACCUUCUCACAGAGGAGGAGCGCGAGAGACUGGAGAUGUACAGAGACUUCUGUGACUGACCAUGUCUGGGGAUUUAUUGUACAAGAGACUAACUGCUUCUGCUUGUAGAUGCAAAACUGUACUUUUAACUUUGUGAUUGUCAGAAGUGAAACUAUGGCAGUGGUUUAUUAGGAUGCAUGCACUCUAAAAGCCUGUUUCCUAGACAAACACUAAUUUAAAAAUGACUUAUUGUAGGUAUUAUUAGCAGAGAAUCACAACUGGAUAUGUGAUUUAUUCAUGAACAGAUUUUUCUGUAUUUGGACAACUGCUAAAUGGGGUGACAAUUCUUAAAGGAAUGUUCUGGGUUCAAUACAAGUUAAGCUAAAUCGACAGCUUUUGUGACAUAAUGUUUUCACCAUAAUAAUUAAUUUCAACUCGUUCCUCUUUUUCUUUAAAAAAAAAAUAAAAAUAAAAAGCAAAAAUUGAGGUUACAGUGAGGUCCUUACAACGGAAGUGAAUGGGGACAAUAAAAAUGAACAUGGCCAAUUUUUGGAGGGUUUAAACACAGAAAUGUGAAGCUUAUUUGAUAAAAGCACUUGCAUUCAUUCUUCUUUUAAAACUUGUGUAUUAUUUGAGCUGUAAAGUUGUUUAAAUCAUCAUUUUUACAGUCAUUUUAGGGUUUGUUGCCAUUACAUCGUUAUGGUAAUAAAGUUGUAAAAUUGAUAACUUUGCAGAAAAAAGGUUUAUAAGGGAUUUGAUCACACUAAAAUCAUGUCUACACACAUAUCCUUUAUGUCUUGUAGUUAUACUUUUGAAAAAGUGAUUAUUUUAAUGUUAAAAAAAUGACCCCCAUUCAUUUUUGCUUUUUUUUUUUUUUAAGUCGUCGUCAAAAUUAAUUUUUGUGGUUAUCAACAUUAUGCCACAAAUGACUUCGAUUGAGCUUAACAUGUAUUGAACCCAGAAUAUUCCUUUAAUAAUCUAGUUCACAGCACAAAACAUGGAUUGUUGAAAAUAUUUAAUAUUUAUUAAAUGCUGAUCAUGUAGUUCCUAAAAAGGUGCUCACAAAGGUGGACUAACUACAGCAGGAUGACAUGAAAAUGAAAAUAACUAUGUAAAGCAACAUGUAAAACUUUGCUAAAUGGUGGUAAGAACACAACAACAAAAAACAACCAGAAAGUCAUAUCAAGUACACAUUUAAAAACAAAGUGUUAUGAGUUUAAACUAAAAUAUUUACUGUGUACAGAUUUUCAUUUUUUAAGAACAGCAUUUCAAACAAUGUUGUAUUUGAAGACAGCUGAAACAUUAAAGAAAAUAAUAAAAAAAAAAAUACAUACUG